UUAUUAAUGAUACCUGAACUGUUUUCGUACCGCGACUUGAUGACAUCGGAACUUCUCGACUGUUUCGCGUGCAGCUUGUUGUGGGUUGCCAGCGAAUGGAUCGUUUCGCUUGUAUUCACGUUCUGCAGCAACCGCGCGACAAGAAUCGGUGCUAAUUUCGUAAACAUGCGAUUGCUUGCAUUUAGGAGUAAACGAUUGGAUGAACAAGCUGGAAUGCGAGACGACGGCACCCGAUGCGCUCGACCCGAGUCUGAAAGGUUGCGGCAAAAGAUUCGGGAGGGUGUACGGAGUCGAAUCUGCUCGAAAACCUUUAUCCUUCCCGUAAUCGCGCGGCACUCUUCGAAAGAAAUCGCGAUACUUCGAAAGCCGAAAGAAGAUAUGCCAUCAACCAAUCCCUCAACAUUCAACCAUGUGAUUUUCGAGGUUGGUCCACCUGGAAACACGUGGAAAUACUGCGUAGAAAGGGAACGGCUCGCUGAGAGAUCAGAAUGGUUCCGUGCGAUGCUGGUAGGUCCUCUUGCACCUGCACCGAGCGACCCUCCGCCUCUGUUGAAGCUGCAACACGUGGAGAAGCGUGCCUUCGAUAAUCUGCUCAGAUAUUUUCUCGACGAGCCCGUAAACUUUCAAUCGGUGCCCACGGCUAGAGAUACCCUCGACGUAGCUCACCAGUAUCUCUGUUCAGAAUUGGCACGCCUGGCUGUCGAAUAUCUCGAGAGGAAUCUCAACACUCAGAACGUGCUCGAGAUUUACGAAGGCCUCGGUCUUUACGCGAAUCACGAAACUCCUGAUCUGAAUCGAUCGUCGAACUCGCCCACGGCUCCUCCGGCUCCUGGAGACGAUGCUGGUGAAAUAGCUGUAUUAUGUACGCGACUUCUGUCCGCCUGCCUGCACAAAAUCGACGUCGAGUCGGACACGGUGUUUGGGCAGCAACACUUCGAGGAGUUAAACUCCGUGGAGGUUGAAGAGCUGGCUAGUCGGGACACGUUGAAGUUGACCGACGAAUCGAUACUGUUUAACGCGCUGGACAGGUGGGCUGCCGCUGAGUGUAGAAGAAACGGAAUCGAGCCGUCAGCUAGCAAUAAAAGAUCAGCUCUCUCGAAUGACGUCUGGUACAGCGUUCGAUAUCCCCUUAUGACUGAUAGAAAAUUUAUCGAGGGUCCUAUGGCCAGUGGGAUCCUCACUAGCGAAGAAUCAGCUCUGAUUGUCGCUAGAAUUUUGGGCCACGUGGAAGAUCUUGAGGGCGAAGAGGUUAAAAAUUUAUUGUUGCCCAAGUUGAACAGUACACCGAGAGUAACUGCCGUGACGUACGAGGACCUGUGCUACACGAUGUCGAAGCCAGGAACGAAAGAAUGCCAGGACAAUCGAAAGAACAGAAGAAAGGAGUGUGUAACCCAAGGGCAUAGAACUUGCACGAAAAUCGGCACUUGUAUGGUGCGAGUCCUCGCCUGGAUCUUCGAUUGAACGACGUUGAAUAGGAUCGAAGAAUCGAUGAAAUCGGCAGAUCCUGGAAUUUCCCACCGAAAGCUAACUGUUUUUCUUUCUUUCUUUCUUUCUACCGUUUUCCAAGUAUUUGUGUAACACACCAGCACGUAAAACUUUCGCGUUGAAUUUGAUUUGCUCGUGAAAUUACUAAUGCUUAGACGCUAAGAGUUCAAAUGCUAAAUGUUUCACAUUGAACCGAUAUUAACACUCGUGUA